AUGGUGCGGUGGCUGUACCUGUCCGGGCUGGUGCUCGCCGUGCUCAUCCCGGCCGGAGGGCAGGCGGCUCCCAAGGACCUGGAGGAGCUGUCCAGAUGGAAGCUGUCGGGACCCCAGAACUCCCAGAGCUUCCUGUCCCACAUCAAGCGACACUCGGAGGGGACCUUCACGAGCGACUUCACGCGGUACCUGGACAGGAUGAAGGCCAAGGACUUCGUGCAUUGGCUCAUCAACACAAAGAGGUGA